CUCCUCACGCAUUGAAUGUGCGGUAAAUGAGAGACAAAUGCAGUGAUUGUGUGAUUGUCUGCCAAAACACAAGUCGUGGUGUCUUUGGAUCCGUUGCCAACACUAUACACACAUCCAGUGAUUAUCAAUGGCUCAGGAGUUCGUGGUGCUGCUGUGCUGCCAGUGCCGCACAUACCAGGGCUGUCAGUCCAAGAAAGCGACGAAAUGGUUGUGCAAAGUCUGCGGCACUAAACAGUCGGUCAAAGAGUUCUUCGGCCGCGGAUCAGCUAAAGACUGUCGACUAGUGGUGCAGUCGCUCAACAGUGGUCGACAACAAGACACCGGUGCUGGUGAUGGCGGCUACGAGCUGAUGGACACCACGAGUGGCGCCAAUGAUGCCGACUAUAAGAUACUCGACUAUCUGUACCAAUCGGAUGAUAAUAGCGAUGCCAUCGAUGACGCGUCGAUACCGAAGAAACAGAGGUUGACUGAAGCGGAGGACGAGUCCAAGAGUGCCGCCAAUGAGACACCGAUUCGGUGGACAACCGCUAAUCAACUGUUCAGUCGUGGCGUUAGGAAAUGGGGUCAUUGUGUCAACUGAUGGGCCACUACUAGUGCCGAAGACAUUCCUCCGCAGCAUCGGUGGUGAUACUGACCGACAGAGCCAUUGAUUACUCUAUUUAUUGAUAACACUUUCACUUCUCAUACGAAACUUAAGAC